GCCACCUUGAAUGAGAAAGAGGGGUAACUAGGCAACUUCGGUGGCGGUAGAAGAUACGGCUCACGGGGCGCCGAAAUUGUAAAAUUGUCGAAAAGAAUUGAGGUUACCCAAUGUGAUUUUAGUGUGUCCGGCAAAAGGAAUUAACCAAUGGAUAUUCCUCCUAAACGGAAAACAGAGCGCACAAAUGAAAGGGGCAUUGGUUUGGAUUAAAACGCAGAAAUGGGACACUUCCGAGUAGGAUGUGCUUCAUAUUGUGCUUGAAGGAAAUAACUUGGAUGAACAGUUAAUCGCGGUCUAAAUCGCUUCAUCCAAUAGGAAUAUUUGCUCACUCCCUCGACAGCAAAUAUUAAAGGAGAAGUCCAUGCCCUUCCCUUGGGGGAAUCACUGACUAAGCAGAAGGGGUACAAGAUGAUGGCUGACCUUCACUGAGAGCCAAACACAAUGUCAGCACGGGUGUGAAGCGCCUCAAGAGGACCACUCCACCUCUCACUCACAGGCCCUCCAACCCCAGGAUGAAGCUGCACUGAACGGGAGGCUCAGUGGGCUCACGCCGGACUUUGCUCUGAAGAGGACCACCAGACUUCUCACCAUGGACCUGGAGGAGAGCUCCCGCGUGGACGUCGGCCUCUGAGAGGGACUAGCGAGGACAUUGGAGGCUGGUUGGAGAGGUGUGCUGCCAGCCCAUGGUGGAUCUGCUGUGAGGGGGACGAAAACCAAGGACUCAGCGGAGGAGGAUGUCAGCAGAGGCCGAACUCCAGCCAGGUGUCAAAACCACCCUGAGGAGGGAGUCCAAGAGGACUAAAGGUCAGGACCGCAGUGAGGCGGGGCUGAUUAAGCGUUUCCGCGGCGAUGGCGUGCGCUACAAGGCCAAGCUGAUCGGAAUUGAUGAGGUGACAGCGGCACGCGGGGACAAGCUGUGCCAGGACUCCAUGAUGAAGCUCAAGGGAAUGGCUUCCGCGGCUCGUUCCAAAGGGGAGCACAAGCAGCGAGUCUUUCUCACCGUGUCCUUCGGCGGGAUCAAGAUUUAUGACGAGAGAUCGGGGGUUCUCUUGCAUCAACACACAGUGCAUGAGAUCUCCUAUAUUGCUAAAGAUACCAGGGACCACCGCGCCUUUGGUUACGUCUGCGGGAAGGAGGGACACCACCGCUUUGUUGCCAUCAAGACUGGCCAAUCGGCGGAGCCUCUUAUCGUCGACCUCCGUGACCUUUUCACGCUCAUCUACGACAUCAAGCAGCGCGAGGAGCUGGAGAAGAAGGCCCAGAAGGACAAGCACUGUGAGCAGGCCGUCUACCAGACAAUUUUGGAGGACGAGGUCGAUGACCCAGUCUACCAGUACAUUGUGUUUGAGGCUGGACACGAGCCCCUCCGUGGCCCCCAAUCAGAGGAGAGCGUUUAUCAGGUCCCUACCAGUCAGCAGAAGGAAGGGAUCUAUGACGUCCCAAAGCGCCAUUUCCCCAUGACUAAUAUCAACCACUUUGAUCUGUUUGGCGAUAUGUCCACUCCACCCUCGAUGCCCCCUUCUCCUGCCAACACUCUGGACCCCAGUAGGAGCCAUCGCCAGCACCCACCCGACAUGUAUGCUCCCUUCAGCCCCACGUCUGUGCCCUCAGGUUAUAUGACCAUGGGGUCUGUCCAGGCAGCUCAGUGGGCCCAGCAGCCCUUCACGGGCCAGGGCCAGACGCUAGCCUUCGGGGUGCAGGGUCCCCUCCAGGUGGCCCAGGUCCUGCCCGGCGGCCAGCCCGUCAUCUGGAGCCAGGCCAACAUCUUCCCCGCUACCCAGCAACAGUGGGCUGCCAUGGCCGCCUACAUGCCCGCCCAGGCCAUGGGGGUAGGAGGGCACCACAUUCCAGCCGCCAUGCUCCAGGGCCUGGUGCCCAUCACCACCGUGUGUCCCCAGGCCUGCGACCUAUCAGCCCCUUCUUCGGCCAUCACCAGCCCCCAGCACACGGCCAGCGAUCCCAGCACCCUGCUCUUGCGCCAGCUCAGCCUGGGAAGGGAGGCUCUAAGUGGGGACUCGGAUGCCGGGGAGGGCCCCUCCACCUCAGGAGCUGCCGGAGGUGUUGGAGUGGUGAGCAGGUGUGGCACGCCGGGGCUGUUGAUCGUACCUGACACCCUGGCCUGUAGCCAGCUGUGCCCACCCUUAGCCUUGACCCAGGAAGAGGAAGGCAGUUGCAGCGAUCUUGACCUUUCCCGGAUGACCUUGAGCCCAGGCACAUCCACGUCGCCAUCCUCUGACUCCCCGUCCACCCCGGCCCCCCUGCAGAGCUCCUCCUCAGACUGCCCCCCCUCCCAGACCAGUGACCCCCCCACGGACCUCUCCCCCAUAGACGCAGAGACGCACGCUAGCCCAAGCAGCAUCAGGGAAGAAGAAACGUCACAAUCCACCAUUAUGAUGAAGCCUCCAGUCAAUGUACGCUGCCUUGUCUGGGCUACUUUGUUCUUAUCACUGUCAAGUGAUGUUGCCAUACAGACAACCAGUGGCCAGCAGAUCGUAGCUCACCCUAUAGACUGUGUCUUGUCAGAGUGGACAUCCUGGUCCAGCUGUGAUGUUUGUCAGAAGAAGAGGUAUCGCUAUGCUAAACUCGUCCAGCCGUCUGUGUUUGGAGGGGAACCAUGUUUCUCCCACAACAGAGAGGAGGAGGCCUGCAGCCCUUCAUCACGCUACACCUGUGAAGUCCCUCUGUGUGAGGGCUUCCAGUGCACUGUCACAGGCCGCUGCGUGCCCAUAGAACUGCGUUGCAACGGGGAUGACGACUGUGGGGACAGGUCUGAUGAGAAGAACUGUGUGAAAGUGAGACAGACUUGCAAAGAGAAAGUAGAUGAGUACUGGGGAAUCGAGAACCUAGCCAAAGGAAUCAACGUCUUGGACAGCACCCUGCAGGGAGUGGUGCUAGACAACCGAUACUAUGCGGGCAGUUGCCUGCCUCAAUAUAUCCAGGAUGUGCGCUUCCGGAAGCCUUACAAUCUGCAGCAGUACACACUGGAGACCGGAGGCUCGUAUGACUUUACGAUGAAUUCUUUUGAGUCCUACUCAGAGUUCAAGCAUUUUUCCUCUAAAGAAACAACAUCCAAAACCACUGUCUCAGUGGGGUUUGCUGUGCCUGGGGUAGCUGAAUUUGGCUUUAACUACUCUGAUGACAAGUAUUCCAAGUCAGUGAAGAAGUUUCGGAGGGCAUCCUCCAAGAAAAACAGUUUUGUGAGGGCCAAGUCUGAGCUGAAGUUGGCGAGGUACGCCCUGAAGGAAAGUGACCUGAUGCUCCACCCAGAGUUCCUGAGGCGUCUGCGUGCUCUGCCGGAGGCCUACGUGUAUGGAGAGUUCCGGCAGAUCUACCUGGACUAUGGAACACACUACAUCACCGAAGCUGAGCUGGGAGGGGAAUAUGUACACACUAUCAUCCUGAACAAGGAGAGGCUGGAGAAGACAGAUUACUCUUUAGAAGAUUAUAAGAACUGUGUGAAUGUGGGCCUCAAGGUGGGGGCAAACAUCGAAGGGAUCUACGUCAGUGCUGGGCUUGAGGCAGGCGGCUGCAAGGGUCUCCUGAAUGAGAUGGGAAGCGACACCGUGAAAGGCAGCAUGGUGGAGGACUUUGUGGCUGUUGUGAAGGGUGGUACCAGUGAGAGCAUCACAGGUCUAGUGGCCAAGAAGCUGCCCACACCAGAGCUGAUGAGACUGUGGGGGGAAGGAGUGCAUUACAACCCUGACUUCAUCAGCAGCACUACGAAACUCUUGUAUGAGCUGGUAACGUCCAGAGACUUUGAGAACGUCAACCUCCUGAAGAAGAACAUGAGGAGGGCCAUGGAAGAGUACUUGAUUGAGUCCAGCUCCUGCAGGUGCAGCCCCUGCCACAACAACGGAGUGGCCAUUAUCAAAGGCACAAGGUGUGAGUGUGUGUGUCCGUCUGGCUACAGAGGGCUGUCCUGUGAGAUUUCCCUGCGUCCGGCAGAAAUAGCCAUAGAUGGUAGCUGGAGCUGCUGGGGAUCGUGGUCGUCCUGCAGUGGGAGGACGAAGUCCCGGACCCGCCAAUGUAACAACCCAGCGCCUAGCCAAGAUGGUGCGGCCUGCUGGGGCCUGGCGAAUGAGUCAUUCAACUGCUGAUGAGUGUCCCCGCAGUUUUAAAAAACAGGACCUUCUGCAGGCUUUAACUUAAGCUGUUGAACAAUGUCCCACACGUGGUAAUGGUUAACCUAAGAUUCCAAAUAAAAAAGACGCAAAACUCCAAAAUAUCAAGUGUGUGACUUUUACUUUUUGUGACACUUUUUAUGAUAACAAUUCUAUUACCACAAUGGUUCCUUGCCCAUGUGCGCAAGAAAUAUCAUCAGUGAUCAUUUAGGAGGCAACUCAAAUCAAUAAAAAGGCAACAUUACA